GACCGCCCCGCCGCAACUGUUUGAGGCCUAGUGACCACUAUGAACCCAUCGCCACCCCCCUCUUCCUCGACUGGCGGGGUGGAUUUGUCUACUUAGACCGAGAUUCUUCCCCUCGUCCCUCUGCUGCUUCUUCUCCCUCACGGUCAACCCAGGAGGUUCGCCGCAGUCACUCUUUGAUCCCUUCCUUGCACCGUCGCCGCACUCGUUGGUCUCUCCUCGCGCCUCGACUCCUGGCCACUACCCGGCAGGCCGCGUCACAGCCUCCAGUCUUGGUAGAGCCCGUGCAUCUCUAGUCCGAGUCAAGAGGGCACCCGGCAAAGUAAUCAACACAAACAACAACUUCCGUCGGUCUCGCCAGCUUGGCUCGUAGCCGGGGGUAAUGGCCCUGAACCAGAGUAUGAUUGGAACGUCAUUCCCGUCGAGGAUGUGGGCGCCGCAUCUGCCGGCCAGCACGAGGAAGCAGAAGAGAUCGCGAUACCGGCAAGUCCUGGUGACUUGCUACCCCAACACUCCUUUGAACCAGCACCACAGCAUGGAGACGGGGGAGACCAGCACCGAGAGGUCUCCGCCCAGCAACCCCUGGCUGCCGCGCCUCGGCGCUUCUCCUGUUAGUUCUGCCAUCUCACCUUCAAAGACACACGGGCACAACGCCGCCACGAGUCCCACCAGCACCAGCCCCGCCGAGGGUGGCUCUGCCCAGUUCCUGGAUGCAGUCGCUCAAUCCAGCCACCCAGGGAGGUCGUCAGGGUGUUCACGAGGGAGGACAACUGUUUCAGGCAUGUACGAAGUCAACACCCGUCAUACGUGGGAUAUCCUAUUCUACACCAGAUCCGAUAGUACAAUAAGCCAGACUUCAUGCACCGUAAAGCUUGACUCCAUGCCACGUACAGCCGAACGGAACCCCCCCGGACGGAAGUCAGCGACUGGCAUGUCGUGUCGUUAUUUUACCGUCAACAUCGUCGGUAUCUCCCCUGGGGUCAGCACCAGGCUCGUCGGACAACCAAUGACGAAGAGGUCACGGACGGACGAUGGGGGCAGACGGGGCCAGGCAAGCAGGCCGGUCAAAGAAGCAAGCAAGGCAGAAGGUGGGCAGCAGCAGGCGGAAUGGAGGGUUGGAGCGGUCGAGGCGGAUGUGGACGGCUUCAUGGAGGCAGAGUCUCUAAGAAGGCAGACCAGGCCGUACCUCUUCGGGGUGGCCAAGGUGUCGCUAUCGGGACUCGAUGCAAACUGGGGCAGAGCGACGUCGGGCUCGGGAACCGGAAGGAAGACGCCAGGCAUGUGAAGAGGUUAUGUGAAGUGUUCCUCCAACAGAGCCUAUGGUCCAGGGAAGCCUCCCGCGACUGGCGCCUUGCGCUAAAUCAGGGCCUGAUUCAAGGGCGCUCGGGCCCCGCCGGGCGUGCAUGGUUGGCAAGGGUUCGCGAUCGUGAUUCGAAAGACAAUUGGUACAGUAGAGUUCAGGUUCAGUGUCCGCAUUUUGGCACGAAUUCUUUUGGAGAAUAGUUCACAGCGGGGCUUUAGACAGUGUGUAAUCAUCGCACAAAAGUACCGAUAUCAUCAUUGGCU